AUGGAUACGACCUGGUCCUUUGCGUUGGUCUCCUCGCUGUGGGAGGAGCCGGGCUGUGAGGCGCUGACCCUGAACUCCGUCCUCCUUCGCCAGGUGUCAGGAGGUGGACGCAAUGGACGAGGAGCAGCCGCAGGUGCCCCCUGCUACCAGAGGUGGAGGAGGAGCUGGGUGUGGAACCAGUUCUUUGUUCUGGAGGAGUACACCGGAGAUGAGCCGCUGUAUGUUGGAAAGAUCCACUCUGACAUGGAUAAAGGGGACAGUCGGGUUAGGUAUGUCCUCACUGGUGAAGGUGCGGGAUCAAUUUUCACCAUUGAUGAGAACACCGGAGACAUUCAUGCCACCAAGAGACUGGACCGGGAACAGCAGGCGUACUACACCCUGAGAGCGCUAGCUCAAGACCAAAAUACCCACCUGCCCCUUGAACCGGAGUCACAGUUUGUCAUUAAAGUCCAGGAUGUUAACGAUAACGAGCCCAGGUUCUUGGAUGGACCGUACACCGCCAGGGUGGCUGAGGGAUCUCCAGUGGGUACGUCCGUAGUGACUGUUGUGGCAACGGAUGCUGAUGAUCCAACGUAUGGAAACUCUGCGAGACUGGUUUACGACAUCCUGAAGGGUCAGCCAUACUUCUCUGUGGAGCCAGAGACAGGUGUUGUGCGGACUGCUUUACCUGACAUGGACCGGGAGAUGAGGGACCGUUACCUGCUCGUCAUCCAGGCCAAAGAUAUGAUUGGACAGAAGGGAGGUCUGUCAGGAACUACUUCUGUCACGGUGAUUCUGACCGACAUCAAUGACAACCCGCCCCGUUUCCCCCGCAAGAGUUACCAGUUCCUUGUUCCGGAGUCGGUUCUGGUUUCAACAGUUAUCGCCAAGGUUAAAGCUCGGGACCUGGAUGUGGGUUCUAACGCUGAGAUGGACUACAGGAUCCUGAAUGGAGAUGGACUGGGGACCUUUAGGAUCUUUACUGAUCCAAACACACAGGAAGGACUGAUCACACUGCACAAGACUCUGGACUUUGAGACCAAGUCAAGCUUCAUGCUGUGUGUUGAAGUGUCCAAUCGUUACGUGGACUCUCGUUUCCUUUCCACGACACCGUUUAGCGACGUGGUGACGAUUCGACUGCUCGUCCAGAACGUAGACGAGCCUCCGGUCUUUUCUUCAGCCGGUCCGAUGGAGAUCUCAGAGGAAGCUGCAGUGGGAACUGAUGUGGGAUCAGUUUCAGCUUACGAUCCAGACCCCACAAACAGCCCUGUCACGUAUUCCAUAGACAGGAAGUCAGAAGUGGACCAUUACUUUUAUAUCGACAGCAAUUCAGGUGUCAUCACAACAGCCAGACCUCUGGACAGAGAGAUGAUUGCCCUGCACAACAUUACCAUCCUCGCCACAGAGAGCGUAGAUCCGUCGCAGGUAGGAAAAGCUGUGGUUCUGGUCUCUGUGACCGACGUAAAUGACAACGCUCCGAGCUUCGCUUUGCAGUAUGAAACGUUCAUCUGUGAGAACGCCGUACCUGGGCAGGUAAUUGAAACUCUGAGCGCUGUGGAUCGAGAUGAACCAGAGAAUGGACAUCGUUUCCUUUUCUCUCAAUCCAUGGAGACUAAGGGGAAGCUCAGAUUCACCCUGAGAGACAAUGAAGACAACACUGCGUCUGUUGUGACCCUCACUGGUUUCCUGCAGCGAGAUCAGUCGGUUCACUUCCUGCCGGUGGUGAUUUCAGACGGUGGCUCUCCGCCUCUAAGCAGCACCACCACACUGUCCAUCACUGUGUGCCACUGCAACCCCACCGGAGACCCACGCUCCUGCAGCCGAGGGGCUUCACCACUGAUGGACCUCAGCACAGCCGCCACUGCUGCAGUCCUCACGUUUGUCCUCGCACUGCUGGGUGUUGUCAUGGUGACGGUUGCCCUGAGACACAAGCGGAGGCAGCCGAUGAUGGAAGAUGACAGAGAGAUUUGUGAGAACAUAGUUCGGUAUGACAAUGAAGGUGGAGGUGAGGAGGACACCAAGGCCUUCGACAUGUUCGCCCUGAGACACCACCUCCACCCGCCCGGACCUCUUACCAGAACCCCAGAGUGCACCAUGGAGAAGAACCGCCCGCUACAGAACUUCAUCUGCGACAGACUGCAGAAGGUCGACCUUGAACUGAUGGCGCCCCCGUCUGACUCUCUGCAAACCUUUGCCUUUGAGGGCAGCGCGUCAGCCGCCGAGUCCCUCAGCUCUCUAAGUUUGUCAAACUCAUUGGACUCGUUAGACAUGUUCGACUCCUUUGAGUGUGACCAGAACUACAACUUCCUCAGGGAGUGGGGGUCGAGGUUCGGGAAGCUUGCAGACCUCUAUGGACACAGUGUGGAAGGCGAGUCGGCCUCGUAACCCUUUAGGCUGCAGCAGACCCAUGUGUCAGUACUACAGGUUACUUCCUGUUCAUCUUUCUGUGCUACCUGUAUCUCCGUUGUUUGAGAUGGAUGUGGAUCAGGAUCAUUCUCAGGAAUCAGGAAUCAGGAAACGUUUGUUGCCAUAAUAUGUCAGACAUACAUGGAAUUCGACUUGGCGGUUGGUGCGUGACGGCAGACAGUACGGCAAUGACAACAGACAAUGUCGUGCAGGAAUAAGAAAAAAUGUAAUAACAUAUAUGCUAUGGGUUAGUAAAAGGCCUGAACCACGGAGAACCUUAAAGCCAUGGGAGUGAGUGAAGAAUGAAAAAAAAUCUUUUAUUGAAAAAAUUAAAGAACUGGAUCAAAACUAUAGUGUUGUAUUUUUCAAUGUUCAAGACAGAAACUAAAACCUUCAGGUUUACAUUUAUUUUUCAAAUGGUAAAAACCUGGA